CCUGGCGCAGGGGAGGAAAGAAGGAAGGAGCAGCGAGGCGGGCGGCGUCGGCCUCUCCCCUUCCUCCUGUCGGUCGCUGCUGCUCGGUGGAAGGGGCGAGAUGGACACUCUGGGCAGGAAGGUGGUGGUCUGCGACAACGGCACCGGGUUUGUGAAGUGUGGAUAUGCCGGCUCAAAUUUUCCAGAACACAUCUUUCCGGCUCUGGUGGGAAGACCAAUAAUUCGAUCAACUGCCAAAGUGGGAAACAUUGAGAUCAAGGAUCUCAUGGUAGGUGAUGAAGCAAGUGAGUUGCGGUCAAUGUUGGAAGUGAACUACCCAAUGGAAAACGGCAUCGUCCGAAACUGGGAUGAUAUGAAGCAUCUUUGGGACUACACCUUUGGACCAGAAAAACUGAACAUCGACACGCAAAACUGUAAAAUAUUGCUGACAGAACCUCCCAUGAACCCAACAAAGAACAGGGAAAAGAUUGUGGAGGUAAUGUUUGAAACAUACCAGUUUUCUGGGGUCUAUGUAGCCAUUCAAGCAGUGCUCACUCUAUACGCUCAAGGGUUAUUGACAGGAGUUGUUGUGGACUCCGGAGACGGUGUGACUCAUAUCUGUCCAGUCUAUGAAGGUUUCUCUCUUCCUCAUCUCACCAGAAGACUAGACAUUGCUGGUAGAGAUAUUACCAGAUACCUCAUCAAGCUGCUUUUGCUACGAGGUUACGCCUUCAACCAUUCUGCUGAUUUUGAGACUGUGCGUAUGAUUAAAGAAAAACUCUGCUACGUGGGCUACAAUAUUGAACAGGAGCAGAAACUGGCCUUGGAAACGACGGUGCUGGUGGAGUCUUACACACUCCCGGAUGGUAGAAUUAUCAAAGUGGGGGGUGAGCGGUUUGAGGCCCCAGAAGCUCUGUUCCAGCCUCACUUGAUCAACGUGGAGGGAGUCGGCGUUGCGGAGCUGCUGUUCAACACCAUCCAAGCUGCAGACAUUGACACCAGGUCGGAGUUCUAUAAGCACAUCGUGUUGUCUGGGGGUUCUACUAUGUACCCUGGGCUGCCUUCACGACUGGAACGUGAACUCAAACAACUUUACCUAGAACGGGUCCUGAAAGGUGAUGUGGAAAAACUUUCAAAAUUUAAAAUUCGAAUAGAAGAUCCACCUCGUCGGAAGCACAUGGUGUUCCUCGGGGGUGCCGUCCUUGCAGACAUCAUGAAGGACAAAGACAACUUCUGGAUGACCAGGCAGGAAUACCAAGAAAAGGGGGUGCGAGUGCUGGAGAAGCUCGGCGUGACCGUUCGAUAAACUUGGGGAGCGCCCUCCCAUCCUGGCUCCGGAGCUUGCAUUCCUUCUUUCAGUCUUUAAACUCCUCCGCCUUCCAUGAACGGGCGAGGCCCGUCUGUGCCCCUUUGACCUAAAGGCCAGGUUUCGGUUUUGUUACUUUUUUGGGGUAUUGAAUGAUGAUGACUUAGUUGGACCACUCAAGCUCGGCUUGUCUGUUGCAUUGUUCUUUUCCAGCAGCAGUUGGGUUAAUCGCAGUUGGCUUGUGCUUGUGCUGUUAUGGUACCAUUCAACGGCUUCUGUGUGUAGCUCACUUUCGGGUGGGGAAGAAGUUCUGGGCACAGCUCUUUACUCUCACUUAGCUGCCAUCAUCCCAUACAGUUCCAUGUGGGCAGGGUGGGGUGGAUGACUUUAUGUCAUACCUUGGUUAAUGACUGCUAGCAGGUCAGGCUGCCAACCAAUCUUUAAUACUCUCCCAGAGUACUCUGAAGAGAGAGAUGAUUGGAUCCCAUGGAUUGAUUCCACAUGCAGAGGCUCUUUCCUCUGGUGCAAGGGGCUGUCCCCAGACGCAAGGGGGCUCUGAGCUUCUUGCGUUGGCAGAAGGAGCUUUGCACCGGAGGACAGUGCCCUCAGAGGUAUGGGACAAACAUAGGGCUUCUGAAAUAAGUAAUACAGAAUAGGACUGUUAUUGCCUGAACUGGACAGGAAAGCAGAGGGAAACAACAGACUUGUGUUAAAAGUUUCCCUAAAAGAGUAGCAAUUCCGGUGGCAAAAAUAAUGACCCGAAACCUCUUGUAUUUUUCUGUCAAACACGUUUCUAGCUUUGUCUUGGCACUAGAUAGCUCUUCCCCUACAGGACGUACAUGAUUGUUUCUUUUACCAUUUUUUCUCUUCUUGUUUUGGUACUACAGUAUCUUCUUUUUCAUUACCAUUGGGCUUAAUGGUGUGUGUGUAUUUUUU